GUGUGUGUGUGUAUCUCUGGAGUUGAUAUCGUCAUGGACCUUAAGAACCUCUUCACCGUAGCCCAGUUCAUCAAGUGUUGAUUGGAGAGUGUGUGUGUAUCGUCAUGGACCUUAAGAACCUGUUCACGGUAGCCCAGUUCAUCAAGGCUCGCUGUAAGCACGGCCUGAAGGCGGGCGAGAGGAGAGAUAACAGCUAUGUUUUCUUUGAGGUGGAGGUGCGGGACGCAUGGACCAGGAGACAGCUGUGCUUUCUGGACAAGGUGGAUCCGUCUGCAACUGUUGCUGAACUCAAAAGUCUCAUUCACAAACACAAUCCCAAGCUUUACCCGUCCAGACAAGCGCUGAAGCUACGCAGAGAUGGGCGCCCCCUGGGGGACUAUGAGGUGCUGGAGGACCUUCCAGUGGGGACCACUGCCAAACUGUACCUGCAGGACAUGGGACCCCAGCUGGGGUGGGCUAUGGUGUUUCUGGCUCAGAGCGUUGGCCCUCUCUUCAUCUACCUCCUCUUCCUCUACCGCCUUCCCUUCAUCUACGGAGACGAGUACGGAUACACCCUCAGCCAAUACAGAGUAGUCAAGUUGGCGGGUGUUUGCCACACCUUCCACUACACCAAGAAGCUGCUGGAGACCGUCUUCCUCUACCACUUCUCCCACACCACCCUGUCCCUGCGAAGCAUAGCUCUGAACUGUUUCUAUUACUGUGGCCUGACGGCAUGGCAAGCUUAUUACAUCAACCACCCGCUCUACACAACACCAUCGUACGGACAGCUGCAGUGGAUCUGUGCCCUGGCUGUCUUUAUGAUAUGUGAGAUCGGCAGCUUCUCCACACAUCUGGUGUUGAACAGCAUCAAGUGUAAAGAGGCCAUGCCAGCUGGGAUUCCGUACCCAACAAACAACCCUUUCACCUGGCUCUUCUUCUUCGUCUCCUGCCCGAACUACACGUACGAGGUGGGAGCUUGCGUCAGCUUUGCCGUAAUGACCCAGUGUUUACCAGCUGCGUUGGCCUCCAUCUUGGGCUUGGUGCAGAUGGUCAUCUGGGCGCGUAUGAAGCACAGGACCUACGUGCAGCUCUUCCCCGACUACCCCGAGCUGCGCACCGCCAUCAUCCCCUUACUGCUGUAGCAACAUGGCCGCCGCCAUCAUCCCCUUACUCCUGUAGCAACAUGGCCGCCGCCAUCAUCCCCUUACUCCUGUAGCAACAUGGCCGCCGCCAUCAUCCCCUUACUGCUGUAGCCAACAAACAUGGCCGCCGCCAUCAUCCCCUUACUGCUGUAGCCAACAAACAUGGCCGCCGCCAUCAUCCCCUUACUGCUGUAGCCAACAAACAUGGCCGCCGCCAUCAUCCCCUUACUCCUGUAGCAACAUGGCCGCCGCCAUCAUCCCCUUACUCCUGUAGCCUACAAACAUGGCCGCCGCCAUCAUCCCCUUACUCCUGUAGCCAACAAACAUGGCCGCCGCCAUC